UAUGAAAACAGUUCUUCCCAACGCCGUCGGGUGGGGGGAAAAGAGCGAUCCGACGAGAUGUGCGGUAGGCAGUAGACAGGUGACGUAAAACACCAUACUUUCCGACGACGAGCACCGUGUCCUCUUUUCGCGCUGCAAUAGCGCCUCUAUCACGGUUACGCACCGAGUCGAUCGUCGUGAACUUGAUGAAGAGUCACAUCGCCUUCUUCACGGAUAGAAGAACCUGUACGCGAAAGUGUGAAUAGUGAAGUGAAAAUAAAGGACAUUACGAACGUCUUGGGAGACGGAGACGUUCGCUAAUUGUUUCGAAGUGUUCAGCGCCCUUCCGACCAAAGGUUGAUGCAAAGAGAAAGUGCUGCUUAUAUCUGAUGUGUUUGUUUUUAUUUUGUAAAAGUGUGUCUAAAUUGUUGGUUUAGUGGGUUGUUUAUUGUGAAUUUUGUUACUGAAAGAACCAUCGAUGAUGGUUUACUUUAUGUUCUACAAUUUACGAGACAAUUCGACUAAAAGGUUUGUGUGAGGAAAUUGUUGGACAACUUUAUCAUCGUUACGGGAAAACAGCGAUUAAACAGUAUGAGCGUCUCAAAGUAUCUUCCGCUACAUGUUUCGACCUCACAGAAGAUUAUUAUACUUUCCGUAUCGGCCGGAGUGGCCCUACUCGGAGCCUUGGCCGCGUACCUUGGCCGGCGGAGAACUCCACUGCCACAGCAGCGUAGAAUACGCAAGCCGUGUAACCGGAGGACCCGAAACAGUGUACGCAGUCCCAAUGAUAUCCUAUCGGUAGCCGGUUCCAAAGUGUCCGCCCGGUCGUACAGUCCCAGCGGGUCGGUUCAUGCCAUUUCCGACCGUAUGUCACUGGCAUCCGGGUCGCUGGUGGCUGCGGGGUCCGCUGCACCAGGUACAGUAGCGCUGCUGGGCAACACAACGCCACUGACCCCACAGCAGCUGGGCGUGAUGGGAAUGGAGGCGCUCGAGAAUGUCGUUAGCUACUGGGAAGAUGCCCUUGCUGGUCGGAACGAUAUGGACAUUCCGGGACGGAUAAAUGCCGAUCAGGAAGAGUUUUGUCGUGAGCUUCAAAAUCUGCUCGAUGCCGCCUACAACCUGCAGGAGCAGGGUGAACUGCUCUUCCUCGACGAACGAUCCGUCCUGUACCGGGAUGACGAGAAGCGGGCCAUCACCAACGGCGAGCAGAUGGGACUAACGAACGGGCACCGGUCGGGGUCGGAUCCGAACUUUGAUUCGGCGGAAAGUUUUGCCUCCGCCCUGGACCAGGUGGCCGAUUUGCGUGAGUUUGAAGACUACGCCGAAUCGUUCGGCGAUAGCGAACGGUAUCCGCUUUAUUCGAGCGCCCUCGAGGUUAUGGACGAACAGCAGAUUCCGUACCGAACGCUGCGGACCGACAUGGUUGGAUGUGCUUCCGAUACGGAGUAUUUGGCGAAGUUGCACUGUAUCCGGUUAGCGUUUCAGUUGCUCUUCAAGGAUCCCAAAAAUAGCCGCUGGGUGGCAGAUACGGGUCGUCAGAUUCUCACCGAUCUUCUCUGCCUGGGUGAUAAGGAUCCGAAGGAUUUUCUCGUGGCGUACGAGUCAAUGCUCGAGUUCCUACAGAACCAAGGCAACUGGAUCGACAUCGAGCAGGAGCUCGAAUCGCGCAACGUAAAAGCAAUGACGUUCUACGACGUCGUGCUCGACUUCAUCAUCCUCGAUGCGUUCCGCGACCUGGACGCACCGCCCAACAGUGUCCUGGCGGUCAUCAACAAUCGUUUCCUGUCGAAUAGCUUCAAAGAAUCCGCCCUCUCGACGGCCGUCUGGUCUGUGCUGAAGGCGAAAAAACGUAUGCUCAAGUUUCCGAACGGCUUCAUGUCGCAUUUUUACUGCAUCACCGAACAACUGUCCCCGCUGAUGGCGUGGGGUUUCUACGGGCCGGACGAAAACCUGAAGGAGGUGUGCAAGUACUUCAAGGAGGAAACCAUGAGCUUCCUGUGUGAUAUCUACAACUUCCAGAAGUGUCGCUACACCACGGUCGAGGAGCUCGCGGAAGAUAUCCUGGAGAAUAUGCGGAAGCGUGUGAACAACAUUGGCGUCAAGUUCAAUCAGUAGUUAUUGCACGAUGGUGUAGGGAAGGGAGGAGAUUGCACACGAAACCCGUAGCCGUAGGAUGGUUGUUUGUUGGAAUAUGUUUUAAAGUUAUUAUAUUACUUUCAUUUUCGAAUCAUUUGGACCCACCAUCGUGUGUCGUGCAAUCUACCGUUGUGGUGUGGGUAAUAGUUUUUGGGAAGGAAAGGACCAAGCUUGUAACAUACACAACAGGACGUGGCACUAGUUCCUCUCCGCUAGCUUUAGUACAACCAGUAUCAUCUAAGCACCAAGUGUGAAGAGAGUUCCCGAGUUUGAAUGUUUUGUUUAAAUAAAGGGAACAUAAACGAACAAACUGGCGCAUCAGGAGGCUAAACAUUCGUCUCUAUAGUAACAUAGCUUUAAUAAAGUGAAGGAAUCCAAUCU